AUGACUCUCCUUGUUGUUCCAAUUUUCUAUAUGCCCAUUACGAUUAUCAUUAUUCUACGAAUCUUCGUAAAGUUAUUAUACGCAGUCAAGGAUAAAAAUGUGAAUGUUCCCCUGUUCAGUGCAAUCUGUAUUUCUCAGUUCAUGAUCAAUGGAACUAUCCUUCGCGUUGCUCUUCCGAUCAUUUUUAUCUAUCCAUUUUUCAAUACAUUUUUUCUGUUCACAGCUGAAUGUUAUUGUGUUCAAGCACAUGGUCCAUUCCCAUUUGGGUCAAUUAUACUCGGAUUUCAAGGAUCUCUGUUCGGGCUUCGCAACAGCUAUUUUCUGCUUUUCAAUACCAUUUUCUGGAUGUCUUCUUGCCUGAUCAACAAUUCGAUUCUCUUGGUCAAAUUAUUUCAACUGAAAAAGUCGUUAAGUCUCCACGCGAGGUCUCAGAAAUCAUACAAAGCGGAAGUGUCUCUUACUUUUACUACAUUCUCCAUGAUAUUCUCGUAUUUGUCGAAUUCAAUGAUUGUGAUUACUGCACAGCUAGGUGGUGACUGGACAUACUAUGUAAUAAUGCUUCGUCCGUUUGGAAAUGAUUUGGAGACUUGUGUUUCUCCAUGGGUAUUCUAUCUCACUCAUCCUAUCUUCCGAAGGAAAAAAAGUACUAUUCGUGUUGUUCAUCAUGAUAAUAUAGACUCUUGA